GGUGUUCCAGAGGAGGAGCGAGCACGGUGCCGGGAAGCCCUGCAGGAUAUCCUGGACCGUGUGUACCAGCCUCUGGCAGUGCAGGAGCUCCUGGUCCUGCAGGGUCCCCCCAAGCAGGUACCCAGUGCUUGGCCGGCGCGUGCCCUGGGUUGGCUGCGGCGGCUCUGUGGCCACCUGCUUUCGGAGCGGCUGCUGAGGCCUGGAGGGGUGCAGGCUGUGGUUUGGGGCAUCCCAGGCUGUGGUGCUGGUGCUGAAGCAGCAGCUCUGGACUGGAGGAAAUGUGAUGCAGUUGCAAAGAUAUUGGCUUCCUGCCCACAGCAGUGCCUCUCCCUCGAGGACUACUACAGACAAGUGUGCCCCCAGAUUCUGGACUUGCUGCACAUCCAGGACAAAGUGGUAGCACGCCAGUUCCAGCGUGUGGCCACCACCACCCUGCUCAGCAUGGCCAGGGGGCACCCAGAGCUGGCAGAGAGGCACCUGCUGCAGACCCUGCUGUCACCACUCCUGCGCUGCUCUGAGGCAGCAGAGCUGGCAGUGGAAGAUUUGGCAGCAGGGACUGUGCUGGUGCCAGAGGCAGAGCUGGGUAACUGCGUGGAAGAUGUGCUCAAGGUGUAUGUGGUUGGGAAUGACAGCUCGAGCCUGCUGCUGGGAUCCUUACAGUCAGUUCUGGGAGUAGUUUUUUCCCUCUAUUCCUUCGCCAAGCAGAAUGUGUCAUACUUACGCUCCCCAUGCCAGGAGAUCCUGCUGUGGUUCCUGGAGAAGGCAGAGCGGGAGCAGUCACUAGCAGUGCUGGAAGGUCUCGCCAGGCUGAGCAGCAGUGUGCCCACCCUGCACCCACAGUGCCAGGUCCGUGUGGGCAGUGAGGGUGGUGCCACCAUUGUGGUGGAGGAGAAGAUCAGCGAUGAAGAUGAGGCUCUGUACCAUAAGAUCUCCUCCGAGCAGUGCCAUGUGGAGAGCUUGGUGGAACUCCUGUCCCACUGCCAGAAGAGUGGUCUGGCUGGAGACUUCUUCAUCCACUGCCUGAAGGAGCUGACUCAGGUGGCUGCAGAGGACGAGGCAGCUCCAAACCCAGCUGAGGAGCCUGGAAGGAGUUUGCUGGAGCUGGAGCAGCACCAGGCCAGGCAGGGGAGGAAGCUGCUGGUGCUGCAGCUGGUGGCCACACUGUGUGAGAGUGUCUCGGACACCGUGUUCACUGACAUCCUGCAGGUGGAGGAGUUUGUGGCAGCCACACUGCAGAGAGCCUGUGUCAGCCCAGCGUGGGGCCUGGGAGCAGCAGCCGAGGCACAGACGCUCGCCAUGGCCAUGGGGCUCGUGGCUGCCAUGCUUGGAGGGGCUGUCCAGCUCCAAUCCAGUGACUUCACGGUGCUGAAGCGGCUGGUGCCGCUGCUGGAGGAACUGUCCCACACCUACCCUGACCCCCUCACCCAGGAGUUGGCCUCGGACCUGCGCAUCGCCAUCUGCACUCACGGUGCCUGCUCCCCCGGCAUGGUGGGCGCUGCUGCUGACAGCCUGCUGAGGAGGAGGCCAGGGGUGAGAGCACAGAGUCCUGCUGGUACUCCUGGUGCAGCUUCCAGCCCAGGGGGCAGCCAGGCACCACAACAGCAUGGACACAGCAGCCCCUUGACUCCUGGGAAGAGGAGAGAGGAGCAGAGCACAUGCCAUGAGCCCAUGGGCACUAGUGCCACUCCAGUCCCAAGUGCUGACAGCCAGGCCCUGGCCGGACUCCAGGAGCUGCUGGUGUCAGCUUAUGACCCCCAGCCCCCGAGCCGGGCAGCUGCCCUGCGCCACCUCACUAGCCUGGUCAUCCAGAGGGAUCCACAGGCACUUCGGCUUCAGGAGAAGAUCCUGCAGGUGUUCCUGGAGAAUGUGCAGCACGAGGAUGCCUUUGUCUACCUCUCGGCCAUCCAAGGCAUUGCCCUGCUCUCCAGCGAGUACCCGGAGCGGAUCCUGCCCGUCCUGCUGACACGGUACGAGUGCCCAGCACAGGACACGGAGGACACCAUGGCUGCUGUCACCAGGAUGAAGCUGGGCGAGGUGCUGAUGCGUGUCACACGAGCACUGGGGGACAUGGUGUUCCAGCACCGGGAGCCGCUGAUCCGAGCUUUCCUGCGCGGCACGCAGGAUCCUGACAGCGCGCUGCGGGCCAGCAGUCUCUCCAACCUGGGCGAGCUCUGCCAGCACCUCGGCUUCCAGCUGGGAUCCAUCAUCCAGGAGGUCACCUGCUGUGUGACAGCCAUAGCCCGGACAGACCCCGAGGCUGAGGUACGAAGAGCUGCUGUGCACGUGGUGGUGCUGCUGCUGAGGGGACUGAGUGAGAAGGUCACCGAGGUGCUGCAGGAUGUGCUGCGGGACCUGUACCGCCUGCUGAAGCACGUGGCGGCAGCCGAGCGCGACGGUGCGACGGUGCUGCACGCACAACUGGCACUGGAGGAGCUGGACACCGUCAUGAGGAGGGUCCUGUUCCCCCCACAGACGCUGGAGAAGAAGAUUGUAGUGUUGCCAUAG